GCAACAUACUGGGUUUUCAGUACUGGGGAUGCUGUGAAGAGUUCUCCUGCCGUUGAUCCCGUGUGUGGUCUUAUAUAUAUUGGAUCACAUGACCAGCAUUUAUAUGCUUUAGACAUUGAAGGAAAACAGUGUGUCUGGAAGUCUCAUUGUCUGGCAUCUGCUGUGUUUUCUUCUCCUUGUAUAAACCUGGAGCCAAAUCAUUUGUAUGUUGCCACCUUGGGAGGUCUGGUGCUGGCCAUCAAUCCGCGCACAGGAAAGCAUCUGUGGAAGAAUGACAUCGGCAAACCUGUGUUUUCUUCACUGCAGUGCAGCGACAAGCAUGUGUUCUUUGGAUGUGUGGAUGCAAUGUUUUAUUGUCUCAGUCACUGGGGAGAAAAGUUAUGGCAGUUUUCCACGGAGGGGCCCAUUUUUUCUUCACCGUGUGUCUCUACUGUAUCGAAGCAUGUCAUGUUUGGCUCACAUGAUGGCUUCAUUUAUUGCUGCAGCACUGAUGGGGAAUUACUCUGGAAAUAUAAAGCCAAUUCACGAGUAUACGCUACACCAUUUGUGUUUCCCAACCCACACACUGAGAACACAGAGCUACUGACAGCUGCCUCUACAGAUGGAAGCUUGUGGAUACUGGAUGCACACUCUGGACUUCUGAUCAGUCAGUGUACACUAGAGGGGGAGAUAUUCUCUUCUCCGGUGGUGUGCCUGAACCAGCUGGUCGUAGGCUGCAGAGACAACUAUGUGUAUUGCUUUGAUCUGAGCUGUACUUUGAAACAAAAUGGAGAUCUAGAAUCAUUAGCCACAACUGCUAGCAGUGUUACUUAA